CACAAUUCGGUAAAAAUAGCCCAAUGAAGGCAAUAACGGGCCACCAAAUGCCAAGCCACUCGUAAAAUAAUUAUUUUCUGUGACAAAACUCCUUGUCGGUUUGUGCCACAAACAAUUUAUCGAUUUUUUUUCAUUACCAUUAUGCAUUGUCUCAUUAUUACAGCAAUUAAUACGUAAAUCGUCCCAUAUCUAAAAAAAAAAAUUAAAAAAGUGUCCUUCCAGUUUUUAUAUUUACGAUUGGUAGCGCUGUAAUUUGACAUCUGUGUUUUGACAGGUCCGAUUUUUUCGAAUUUUUGCCCAAAAUAGCCCAGAAUUACGGUAAAUCCUCGUCAUUUUCGCAAUAACUCUCCAUUUGUGAUUAGCUUUUGCCCCCUUUUGCCGCAAUGUCGAAGCCGGGGACCUCCGAAACCCAGGAACAAAUCGCACAAAAAACCUGGGAAAUGGCCAAUAAAGUCGAACUGGUGAACUCGGUCGACGAUAUUUACCGCUACGACAAGAAGCAGCAGCAAGACAUCCUCGCCGCGAAGCCCUGGGAGAAAGACCCUCACUUCUUCAAAGAUAUCAAAAUCUCGGCCUUGGCCCUCUUGAAAAUGGUCAUGCACGCGCGUUCGGGGGGCACCCUGGAGGUCAUGGGCCUGAUUUUGGGCAAAGUCGACGGAAACACAAUGUUUGUGAUGGACUCGUUUGCGCUGCCUGUGGAAGGGACAGAGACCCGAGUCAACGCACAAGCUCAGGCUUACGAGUACAUGAGUUCGUACAUCGAGGCUGCGAAGCUGGUGGGCCGCCAGGAGAACGCGAUAGGCUGGUACCACAGCCACCCGGGAUACGGGUGCUGGUUGUCUGGGAUUGACGUUGGCACCCAGAUGCUCAACCAGAAUUUCCAGGAACCGUUCGUUGCCAUUGUGAUUGAUCCUGUGAGAACCAUUUCCGCGGGGAAGGUGUGUCUAGGGGCGUUCAGGACGUACCCGAAAGGGUACAAACCAGCAAAUGAGGAACCGUCAGAGUACCAGACCAUUCCUCUGAACAAAAUCGAGGAUUUUGGGGUGCAUUGCAAACAAUAUUAUUCGCUUGAAGUGUCGUAUUUUAAAUCGUCACUUGAUAGGCGAUUGCUUGAUUCCUUGUGGAACAAAUAUUGGGUCAAUACUUUGAGCUCGUCUAGUUUGUUAACGAAUGCUGAUUACACAACUGGGCAAAUUUUUGAUUUGUCGGAGAAGUUGGAACAGUCGGAAGCGGCCAUUGGGCGCGGGGGGUUCAUCGUAGGCGGCACUGAUCCGCACGAAAAACGAACAGAAGACAAACUGUUGAAAGCUACAAAGGACAGUUGCAAGACUACGAUUGAGAUUAUUCACGGACUGAUGGCCCAAAUGAUCAAAGACCGGCUUUUUAACAGCACUUCCUUGAAUAAUUCGACCCAUUAACGCGUUUUAAUCUGUCUGAUUUGUUUGGAUUUAAUAAAUAUUUAUUUAUAAUCUAA